AUGACGAAGAAUAUCAGUCGUUGUCCACAUGUUGCAGCAAUCGGAAUAAUUACCAAUGAAGAUUACAUUGCAGCGAUAAAAUCAGAGAAAUGCGAAAAAUGUGAUUGUUUUGGUUCUCAUCUAUGGUUGUGUCUUCGUGAAGGUUGUCUGUUUGUCGGAUGCGGAUCAGGUAAAGAAAAAAAUGAUCAUAGCAGUGAUCAUGAAAAAGAAAAAGCACAUCCAUUACAAUACAAUUUAACAACAAAACGGAUUUGGUGUCAUGUUUGUAACCAAGAAGUUCUUGCUAAUAAUGAUCCACCCUUCGAAUUGUCGUUUCUUAAUCGUUCAAUGAAAUCUGCCAAGUCAAUUAAUCAAUCAAUCAGUACUUCCGUCCAAAUGAAUAUUGUCAAUGCCAUUAAAAAUUCACCUGUUCAUCAUGAUGAUGAAUGCAGAAAGCCAUUCGAACCAACACUAUUCGAAUUUGAACAUACAGAUACUACUGAUUUUACUCGAGGGAUCGUAGGUCUAUAUAACUUGGGGAAUACCUGUUAUAUGAAUUCAGCGCUGCAAGCUCUUUCAAAUUGUGCACCUUUGACAAGUUAUUUUCUUGAUUGUACUUCGUUUGUUUUGAAUAAUCCACAGCGUCGUGUAAAUGGAAGUUCAUCGCAAAAUAAAUCCAAUGGAAGAUUAGCAAAAGCUUACACGAAAUUUAUUGAAUCGAUGUGGAAGAAGCGAACGAAUGGAAAUCAGAGUCAUGUUAUGAAUCCAAGUUCUAUAGCAGCAGAGAUUCGUUCAAUCAAUCCAUCAUUCCGUUCGUAUACACAACAAGACGCUCAAGAAUUUCUUCGAUGUUUUAUGGAUGAAUUACAUUCAGAAAUGCGUAUUGCUCAAUCAGACCCAGAUGAUAAACACCGGAGUGAGAGCAGCAGCACAGAAAGUAGUGAAAUGGCGCUUUUAAUACCAAAUCGAAGUCUUGAAUCUGAAUAUGAAACUUGUAACUCUGAUAUCCAAUCCAGUACCGAUGAAAAUAGUAAUGAUGAAGAGAAAAGUAGAUAUUCUUCAUUAAAUGAACUUGGUCAAUAUUCAAAGAGAAAACUUUAUCGAGAAAAAUCCAAAUCAUUAAGUCGAACUGAUUCCGGUGUAUCGUUCAACACGACAAAACAAUCUGAAACACACGUGAACAUGUUUGAAAGCACAAAACGUCCAGUUUAUUCCUCAGAGAAAUCCUCGAAAUCUAAUGCAUCUCACUCGAUAAUCUCAUCUAUAUUUGAUGGACGAAUUCAAAGUCAAAUUGAAUGUUUAACAUGCAAUCGUCGUUCGACAACAAUGGAAACAUUUCAAGAUCUUUCAUUACCUAUUCCAUCGCGAGAACAACUUGAAAAAUUUCAUUCAAUACAAAGCGGAAAUGACGAACCUAUUGUUUUGAGCAAUCUGCAAGCCAUGGAUCAAAGUAGAAAUGAAUCUUGGAUGUCAUGGUUUUAUUCGAUAUUUAAGAAUUUAUGGACACUGAAUGUUUGGGGACCACCGUUGACAUUGCAAGAUUGUCUCCAAGCGUUUUUCCAAGCUGAUGAACUCACGGGUGAUAAUAUGUACAGCUGUGAAAAGUGCGGAAAAUUGAGAAAUGGAAUAAAAUAUUGUCGAGUGGUGGAAUUGCCUGAAGUGUUAUGCAUACAUUUAAAACGUUUCCGUCAUGAUUCGAUGAUUUACACAAAAAUUGGAAGUUAUGUAUCAUUUCCUCUUGUCGACCUCGAUAUGAUGCCAUUCAUUCAUAAAGAUUGCCGAGAUAAAGUUCGUUCCUACGAUUUAUUUGCAUGUAUUGUUCAUUACGGCCGAGCUGGUAGUGGCCAUUACGUAACAUAUGCGCUAAACAGUCUCAAUCAACAGUGGUAUGAAUAUGACGAUGAAAAUGUUCGACAAGUCGAUGCAACAACUGUACAAAAUGCAGAAGCUUACGUUUUGUUUUACAGAAAAAAAGAAGCGAAUAUCAGCGAAACAUAUGAAACUAUUCGUCAUCUAUUAGCGAAAGAUCAAGACUAUUUACUUCCGUUUUAUAUUUCACGUUCGUGGAUCAAUCGAUUCUUUUAUGUCGCUGAACCUGGACCAAUAACAAAUAACGAUUUCUUAUGCAAACAUGGAGGUGUAUUACCACAUCAUUGGAGUGUGAUCAAUGAACUUGUUUGUCCAGUACCUGAGAGUGUCUGGCAAUAUCUAAGCGAAAAAUAUGGUGGAUCGCCUGUAUGUAACAUCCUGUAUCCAUGUCGAAAAUGUCAGUUAGAAGAUGAAAAUUUAAAAUGCCGUCAACGUUCAGAGAAAAAUAAGUUUUUACAGUUGAAACGUUCGGAAAAAGAUACCGAUGCGAUCUAUGCGCUCAACCCAAAUUGGUUCCGCGAUUGGGAAACGUUUGUUUGUGAAAAAUCGUCAGAACCACCCGGUCCGAUAUCGAACGCAGGAAUUUCGACAACCAAAAAUGGUGUCACCCGUUUACUUCGACGAGAUCGAUUUAUUUACGAACGCAAUCAAGAGAUAGUGAUCGAUAACAAAUGGCACCACGAUUAA